UGCAGCGAGCGGUGGCAACCCCCGUUCUCCCAUUGUCUGCUUCAUCUUCAUCUAGGGUUAGGCUUUGGUCGCGACUCCGCCGAUCCCCAUCUGAUGGCCGCCACGUUCCUCAGCUCGCCGGUGCCGAAGAAGGCCAGGCUACUCCCCUGCUCGCCGGAUCCUAAGAAGGCCGUUCUCUUCCCCGGCUGGGUGCUUCUGGACCGAGUCGGCCGCACCCACUGCUACGACGACCCCGACGCCGCCGCUUCGGCCGUUGGAGAUGACGCCACGGCCGUCGCAGUCCAUACAACCAGCGGCCAAUCCGGCUACUUGUCCUUCACCCUGAGGGCUCCGCCGUUGGUCUCCUACCUCGACCUCCAUUGGCCGUACGGUAUGCCUGAGUCCAUGUUCUUCCAUCCGCCCGCCUAUCCGUUCGUCUUGUCCGCCGACGAGAACCACGUCCUCCUCCGCAUCGGACUUCGCAACCAGUCCCGCGAAGGCCCCAACAUCUUUGUCUACACGGUCGGUGCCUCGUCUCGGCCCUUGCUGCGGCGGCUUCCAGCUUGUACAAAGAUGGCGCAGGGCUUGGCCGGCAGGAACGAGUUCAUGCUGGUGGACACCAACAUCGGGAUCCUGUGCCGCAGCGGCCACCAAGACGACAACUACGUGGUGGCCGACCUCAUCGUGUCCUGGAAAGCUCCUCGUGGCCACCAAGACGACUACUUCAAGCCGUCGCAGGUGAUCGCAUCUCUCUGCGUCUUCUCCGCCAGCGAAGGGGAAUGGACGGUCAAAGAGAUGCUUGCUCCACAGCCGCACGGCCAGGGCGAGGGCGAGUUCCCUGUACUCUGGGAGUGCGACAGGGUGCUUCCCUUCGCUGGCCGUUUCCUUUGCUGGAUCGAUUACUACAGUGGCAUCCUGCUCUGCGACCUCUCCAAUGACAAGGCACCCGUGCUCUAUUACAAACCGUUCCCUGGCAAGCAGUAUCCCGACGAGGACCAUCUCAACAGGGGCUGGCCAGAGGCAUUCCGAAGUGUGUCUGUCAGCCAAGGCAUGAUGCGCUUCGUUGACAUCGACAAGGAGGGCGGCCAAACAAGUGGCCUCACAAUCACAGUUUGGAACUUUGAGAUUGCAGGCAAUAACUUAACGUGGGAGAUGCAAAAUGUGAUCAAUCUCAGUGACCUUUGGGCGCAACAAGGCUAUCAGUUUGAGCAUUUGCCAUGCCGUGCACCGGAGUUCCCUGCUGUGGCAAAGAAUGACCCAGAUGUCCUGUGCUGCAUAUUGAGGGAACACGAACUUUUUCAUCCUGGGAAGGUCUGGAUAAUCACUAUUGACAUGAAGCAUGCAGCAUUUCAGUCAUGUUUCCGAUAUGUUGGUGAGCAAAUUGUCGGCUGUAAUGAGGAUCUUGAUAUGGAUAGUGACUGCAUUGGGUCCUUACUCCCCACUGACUUCUCCAAGUUCCUAAAUAGCCCGUCAGGUAAUUACUCAUAAUGUUCAUAUACCACACAUAACUGAUGUGUUACUUGUCUGUCUUACUUGGGAUGGAUUGUAAAUGUUUUUAAGUUUGGUAACUUUGGUGUAGUUCCAUUAAGAUUAUUUCCCUGUGUGUAAAUGUCAUACCAUUGUUUUACUAUUUACUUUUCAAUUUCAUUUACUGCAUUCUGAUGUCACAACAGUAUCCUUGUGUUUCCUGGGUGAUUAAUUAAAAAUUUAAAUCAUAUGGUAUACUUUUUUUA